UGAAAAGACACUCACCGGUUUUCCGCCCUUUUGGUUUUGUAGCGCGUCGGAGCAUGAAGAAGAAAGGCCGCCACCAGCGCCCGGCGGCGCUGAAGAGGGACUCGUCGCCCAUCAAGCCGUCACCCAAUCGGGAGACGCUGACGUACGCGCAGGCCCAGCGCAUGGUGGAGCUGGAGGUGGACGGCCGCGUGCACCGGCUGAGCAUCUACGACAAGCUGGACAUCAUCGGCGACGACGACCCCACGGCUCAGGAGAUCCUGGAGUGCAACAGCAACAAGGAGAACAGCGAGAAGCCCCAGCAGGCGCCGGUGCGCUCGGCCCGCCUCCAAAACAGCCAGCGCAAGAAGAACGCCGCGCUGGCGGUGCCGCCGCCGCCGCACGGUGGCACCGCCCACCCCGACUCCCCGCUGGAGGCCAAAGUGAGAACGGUGGAGUACAACCUGCCCGUGGUGCCCAAGAGGCCGGCGACGUACUACGCCUACGCCGAGCGGACGGCGGAGGAGCUGGACGAGGAGGUGGAGUACGACAUGGACGAGGAGGACUACGCCUGGCUGGAGCUGCUCAACGAGAAGCGCAAGAGCGACGGCAUCAGCCAGGUGUCGCACAACCUCUUCGAGUUCCUCAUGGACCGCUUCGAGAAGGAGUCGCACGCCGCCGCGCGGGGCCGCAGCGAGCCGCAGUCGCUGGUGGACGAGGACGCCGUGUGCUGCGUGUGCAUGGACGGCGACGGCGCCGACAGCAACGUCAUCCUGUUCUGCGACGCCUGCAACAUCGCCGUGCACCAGGAGUGCUACGGCGUGCCCUACGUCCCCGAGGGCCAGUGGCUCUGCCGCCACUGCCUGCAGCGCCCGGCGCGGCCCGCCGACUGCCUCUUCUGCCCCAACCGGGGCGGCGCCCUGAAGAAGACGGACGACGGGCGCUGGGGCCACGUGGCCUGCGCCCUGUGGGUGCCCGAGGUGGGCUUCUCGGACACGGUCUUCAUCGAGCCCAUCGACGGCGUGCGCAACAUCCCGCCCGCCCGCUGGAAGUUGACCUGCUACCUGUGCAAGGAGAAGGGGGCGGGCGCCUGCAUCCAGUGCGACCGGGUCAACUGCUACGCCGCCUUCCACGUCAGCUGCGCCCAAAAGGCCGGCCUCUUCAUGAAAAUGGAGCCCGUCAGGGAGGAGACGGCGCCGGGCGCCUUCUCGGUCAAGAAGACGGCGUACUGCUGCAGCCACACGCCCGACGGCUGCGACCGGCGCCCGCUCAACGUCUACGAGGAGCCGCACCCCAAGAACGGCGCCUGCCACAAGCGCGCCGAACGCCGCGGCAGGGCCCGCGCCAAGGCCUGGUGCAAGAAGCGCAGCAAGCGGCCCGAGCCGCCCUCCGAGCCGCGGCCGGAAACCGAGGGCCCGGCCAACGCCGGGCCCAGUAUCACCUCUUCCAGGUAGGCCGACGC